CUGGUUGUUGUUGACCGAAUCACGCGUGACUCACAAUGUGUUAGUCUCUUCGGAAGUGACGCAGCUUUGGAGUUCGUAACGAAGUGUGUGCAUAAUCGGAUCUGCAGCACACACUGUUGUUGAGGUUUUGUUUUGUGGGUGGAUUGUUUGGUGAGGUUGGGAGAGUGUGUGUGUUCCCUCUCAUGUGUUUCAAUUUGCUAUUUUCUUUUUUCUUUUCUUUUUCUUUUCUUUUUCUUUUCUUUUUUCUUUUCUUUUGUUUCCGUUUUGUUCAAACUGAACAGGCGUUGGUUCGAUCUGUGAAUUUCUGGCUGUGAUUCACUUCUAGUGUUAUUAAGCGUUUUUCAAGUGGAAGCGUUUGAGGCUGUAGAGUGAGCGGCGGCGUUUUGGUGUAGAAGGGAGCGUGUUCUUUUAGCUGUUGAUGGCGAGCCUUAGAGUGCAGGGAUUGGCUGGCGUAGCUAGUUCAUCACAUAGUCCAUCUCUAGUGUACAAGAAGGUACUCUUAGUGAAGAGCGCGCGCGUUUGUAACGGGUUAAGUUUUACCAAGAAUUAUGUAUCGAUCUGCGGGAAUAAUCAAACAGCGUUGAAGAGGGAUUGUUUACGUCUCAAAUGCCAUGGGAGCAGUUCUGCCUCGGAAGUUGAUGAUGCAAAUUCGCCUAAGAGUGACGAUCUUUUCAACAUCGUACUGAACUCAUCGGAUCUUGAUCCUUCAACAGUAUCACAGGCAUCAAAUAAUUGCAGAAAUGAGUUCGCCACUCGUCCACCGAAAUUUUCCACUCUUCGGGCGUUCGGUGAGGCGGGAGCCGGUGUAGUAAGUGGUCUUGAAGGUUCCGUGCUUGAGCUUCUUGCUGAAAAUAUUCAGGCAACUGCUGACCUUAAGAGGUUUGAGACCCUCUCGGGUCGGAUGGCUAUGAUGUCUUUCUUUGUCGCCAUUGGGGUCGAGGUUGUGACUGGAAACAGUGUAUUUAAAGGCAUCGAUAUUAAAGAACUCGGGCAAUUCGUGGCUCUUACUGGUGUAGCGACGCUUACUGCAGCUGGAUUUGCCUUUUCCUGGCGGGCAAGGUCUGAUGUUGCUACUUCCCUCUCCAAGGGUGCUCUCAAGCUUGUUGACACUGCAGUUGAUAAUCUGAUUGAUUGUCUUUUCUACGACGAGGAAGAACAAUUUAAGUAAGAGGAACUGUAGAUGGAAUUUGGCGAGACUUGCUUGAUCUACCACUAGAAAUGCCUAGCAGUAUGAAGGUACUCGUCAAAUUUUCAUUUAGCCUUAUCUCAGUUGUGAAAGUCUCGUACUUUCUAGAGCAUGCUCACUCUUACGGUCAUAACGUUGUGUAUAUAAGUAUUGACCAGUUGACGCGGAUUCAGUUCGGUACUUUUAUCUUUAGCUAGGCCUAUGUAUAGAAAAAACAAUCAUUUUUAACUCAUGGAACAUUCAUUUGCAUUUUUUAUUCUAAUUUUUAAUUUUCUUA